UUCUUUCAUAUGUACACAAGUAUUCCUUGUAACAUUACAUCCUUAUCAUGUACAUGAAAUUGACGUGCAUAGAGAUGAAUACAAGUGAAAUGUUCGGAUAUGAAACAUUUAUCUCUUGGUACUAGCAUCUCAAGAGAAAGGCAAUCUAAGACAUUCCUCGAGAAAACCAUUCAGCAUCUCUCAAAGGAGGUGUACGGUUGUUUAGCCUUACUUGCCAUCAUGAUUACAAACAUUGGAUUUUUCUUGCUUAUAUUUGGACUGAAACAGGUUUUAAUAUUUGAUAUCGUAUCAUUUGAAGCUCUAGUUGCCAGUGGUACAUUUUUAAUAUUGUUUGGUGGAACUCUUUUAUGUCUAUCUAUUGUGGUCUACCAACGUGAACGACGAAAGAAAAACAUUUGUUGUUGGUGUUGUCGUGACAACGACGAGGAAGUGGUAUAUGGUAUCAGUGAUAUGUACACAUGUGACAUAGAUGACAACGUUCUUGGCAGUCGUGUAUCUUUGGCAGAGUCUAUCGAAAUGACGACGGCUAAAGGACCCAGUUCCAGAAAUUACAAUCUUGCGAGCUCUGAAUGUGGUUGUUCCUGUUGGCUUUGUGACACCUUGAAUUCAACGAGCAAUGUUUCAAUUUCCCUUGUGUAAACAACUCCACAAGAACUCAUCCAGCUUGAUAAAGAUAGUUUUCUUCUGCGACUCUCUUGCCAGCAAUAAAUGAAACAAGUGCGACGUGUUUACACCGAGUUUGAAAAGAAAAAUAAGGAGAUUCGAGAAUGAUUCGCAAAUAACAGUUUUCUUUUACAUCGAUAUGAAAACCAAGCACAGAUAACCUUAGAAUAACUGCUAUUGUGGUUCAUUCUACCCCAUAUAAAUAUCAACGUUGUUCUUCGUGGUUCGUCCCAUGAGGAUAUACAUUACUUUGAAAUAUUACUUUCAUUAAUAGUAUUAGACUGAUAACACAAUUUAUAUACUGAACUUGAUAACCUACAUAUAUAACUAUCCUUGGCCGAGUCCAUAUAUUGGUACACGGCAAGACGCAGGUCCUGUGUGUACUCUCUUUCUAUUGCAGACACUGUACAUUUGUUAUAUCAUUUUCAAUAACAAAGCAGGAUUAAUUGCUUCAGUAAUUAUGAAUAUCCAAACAUGUACUCGUAUUUAAACAUUACACAAACUAGUUUUUAAUGAUGUACAAAUAUUACAAACUAUUUUAAAACCGACAAUUAAGAAGUUUUCAUUGUGUUCUUCCUUAAUCUUUUGAAAGAAAGAAGAGAAGAAAAAAGACUUAUCGAUCUUGGGGAAAACCCCCACAUGAUUUCAUUCCAGGGUUUUGGAUUCUGCUGACAAGCAAGAUUACUCAAGCACGAAGAAUGCGGAGGUUAUCAAUACUAUCUUCUGGAGUCCCACGAGUACGUCAUCGCCAAACUUUGCAGUCCACCAGUGCAGAACUUCCGUUGCCAGGGACGCUCUUAAUCAAUAUUGUAAAUUGCCCCGCGUCAAUAUUGCGGGUAGCUACCUGAGGGUUUUCCGAGAUGAAAUGACUCUGCAGAAAAUUUCUCUAUAAAAUUGUAAUUAUUUAUCGUUACACUGAGUGGUUUUGCAAUAAACUAGCCAUACCACUUGAGUGUUAUUUCAAAAUGGUCACGGAGUCCUUGGAAGAUACAAUAUUGACACAUUGGCUUUGAAUAAAAUAUUGAACCAGAAUUUCAUAUAUACACUCAGAAAAUCAAUCAGAAUACAGUUGCUCUUGGUUGGCAAUUUGUAGGUGAAUCAUAUCCUUUCUUUUCUGCAGUUAGUGCGAUUAAAAAAAAUAUUGCAUAACUUUAAAAUUAAGACAAAAAAAAAAAAAACAACAAAAGAAUAAAAAAACCAACAAAAAUAAUAUCUUAAGUUUAUUUCGAUUCUUAUUUAAUAAAAAUUAACAAUAACGUAUCGUAUUUGUCACUUUAUAUGGUACACAUUUUCAUAAUAAAUCUACAAAAUAAUAAAUACAUAGACAGAACAUGCGGUCAUUCUCUGUAACCCUGUCAGGAAAUUGCCAAGUCACUUGAUUGUAUCUGCUUAUUGCAGCACAAUGAGCAUAUGGAAAAUACUAACAACAUCUCGUUUGAUAUUGUGAAUGAAAUUAUAAGGUUUAAUGGAAUAAUAAAUGAAACAUUGCAGUAAAAAAUUGUGGUUUUUUAAAUUUAUAUCACAGUUAAAAUUUUCGUUUUUGAGUCACCAGCA